AUGGGGUCCCAGGUGCGAGCAGCACCCCGGUGCCGUGACCCAGGCCCCAUCUUCGGUGAGAUUGCUCCCGAGAUUAUUGAGGAUACGCUGAUCUGUUUGGCCACGGAAAAUGAACAGUACCUGAGCAAACUGCCAGAUCAGGCUGGAUGCUUCAAAGAGACACAGAUAGUGGAAUUUAUAUUCCUUCUGUCUGAAAAAUGGCACUUGGACCAGUCGGCAAGGUACCAAGCGGUAGAGUUACUUGAAAGGUUUAUGAUCAAGCAAGUAGAACAAAUCUGUAAGUCCUCCAGAGGGAACAUUAGAUAUCGUGAACAAGGACAAGGCAGCAGCUGGAGCUCUCUGAAAGAUCAGAUAUAUGACACGUUUCUCCUGCGACUUGUAUCGUGCAUUCAGCUUGCAAGCAAACUUUCCUUACAUUAUAAUAUAGUUAACAGUGACACAGCUUUAAAAUUUCUGCAAUCCUUAAAAUACUCAUAUACUAAACAGGAAUUGCUUGAGUCGGAGCUUGCCGUUUUAGAAACUCUGCACUUCCAGAUCAACGUGUCAACUCCUUUGGCUUACGUGGAAUUGCUUCUAGAGGUUUUAGGACAUAACGGCUGCCUGCUUCCUGCAAAACCAUUACAUCAGAUGUGUAUGCAACUACUAGACUUCUCCUAUCUUAAAAGAGAUGCCAUCUAUGACACUUUGUUGAAGAUUGCCAUCGAAAAUUCGACACCAAGCAAACUGCAGGUAGCAAAGUUUUUGACAGUAAAGGAAGAUUUCAUGCUCUUGGCUGUUGGAAUCAUCAGCACAAGCGUGUUCAUACUAAACCCUGGGCAUUGGAAGCAGGUUGUGGAGCAUUUAAACUGUAUCACUGGCGUUACUUCACAAAGUAUCUUAGAAUUUUCUUACGCAGUACUGAAACACAUCGUUGGCAGUACCACUCCAAAGCAGCACUAUAGGAACUGUGGAACAAAAGCUCCAGAGAACAGAAUUAUGCCUCUUAAAUAG